AUGACAGUAAAACCAGAUGCUGUGACUUUUAAUUGUUUGAUUAAAGGUUUGUGUUUAGAGAAUAGGGGUACGGAAGCUAUGGAGUUUCUGAAGAAAACGGUUGUGUUUGGGGUUAGGCCUAACGUGAUUACAUAUGGGACCUUGAUUAACGGGUUUGGUAGAACAGGUAAUACCACCAUUGCACUUAGGAUACACGAAGAGAUGGUGGAUCAAGGUUUGCAGCAUGAUGUGUUGACGUAUAAUACAAUGAUAAGUGGGCUUUGCGAGGAGGGGAAGAUGGAG